AAAUAAAUAUUGAAUUGUAAUAGUCUGUCUGUGGAUAUGAUUCAUUUUCCGACCGUAAAAUUGGUUAUAAGUUAUAAGGUGUCAAAUUUCCACGAAACUAAUAUAUUUACAGUUAGUAAGUUAGAAAUUGGUGAAUUAAAACUUUCAAAAAAGGCAAAAAUAACAUCAUGCAGAACCCAAACGAAGACACAGAAUGGAACGACGUGUUGCGCGCAAAGGGCAUCCUUCCUCCCAAAGAAAAAGAAAUCUCCGAAGAUGAAAUCGUUAAUAUGAUCGAGGAAACUAUACAAAAGAAAGAAGCAGAAAAGGACAAGCAGUUAUCAGAAUUAGACUUAGAUGGGCUGGAUGAGCUGGAAGAUUCAGAAGAUGAAGCUGUCAUAGAAGAAUACAGAAGAAAAAGGAUAGCGGAACUUAAAAAAUUAUCAGAGAAACCGAGAUUUGGUGAUGUGAGAGAAGUCUCUGGUCAGGAAUACGUUCAGGAAGUUAAUAAGGCUGGAGACGGAAUUUGGGUAGUCAUACAUUUGUACAAACAGGGCAUCCAACAAUGUGCACUCAUCAAUCAGCACAUGAAACAGUUAGCGGCAAAGUUCCCGUACACCAAGUUCCUAAAGGCAAUCGCACAGACAUGUAUCCCAAACUUCCCCGAGAGGAAUCUGCCCAGUUUGUUUGUGUAUUUCGAAGGAGACAUGAAAAAGCAGUUUGUUGGGCCUCACGAGUUGAGAGGAACUGCACUGACCUGUGAUGAGCUGGAGUACAUCCUAGGGCAAGUUGGAGCCGUUGAUACCAAAAUAAAGGAAGACCCCAAACCAAAGAUUAAAGAUAAAAUGUUCGCCGAUCUCGGUUCAAAUGAUUGGUGAUACAUGUAUAAACUGUCACAAUAGUGUGUUUAUGAGUGCUGGACUCUGAGUGAAUGGAUUGUGCUUAUGGAGUACGGGCUUUUAAUUGUUGCAAUUAAUUUAUUUAUAAAGCUUAUAUAACUAUUCAAAUGUUGUAUUUCUACAAAGUGUAUUAAUAUAUUUUAAAUAUUAAAAUAUAAAAUUUAUGACACCA